UCUUCUUCUUCUUCUUCUUCUUGCCCAAAGCUACACAGCUGAUUGCGAAAUUAGGGUUUUCAGGUAUUCUUCUUCGUUCUUCAAUUACCAGCCAUGGGAGGAGGUAACGGCCAAAAGGCCAAGAUGGCACGUGAGAAGGCCCAGGAGAAGGCCAAGAACGCUGGAAAGGGAAGUCAGCUUGAGACUAACAAGAAGGCCAUGUCAAUCCAGUGCAAGGUGUGUAUGCAAACUUUCAUGUGCACCACUUCGGAGGUGAAGUGCAGGGAGCAUGCUGAAGCAAAGCAUCCAAAGUCUGAUGUGAUUGCCUGUUUCCCUCAUCUCAAGCCGUGAAGGAACAAACAAACAAACAUCUGGAGAAGCAGUUCUGGGACGAAGACUAUUAUCAAUGUUAUUCUGCUCUAUGUAUAUUUUCUAGAAUGAUUCUUCAGAGUUGUUCUAGAUCAAUAGCUAUUUAAGGGAGUGUUCAUGUGUUGUGAGUGUCUAGGGGAGGUAUCUCCUCGGUUAACUAAAUUGUGGUCUUAAUGAUCAUGACUGUUGGUAUUAAUGUUCAAAAAGCCAGUGUUUACAUGAA